AUGUUAUUUGAAUCAUUUAAUUGUUUAUCUUACAGCAAGGUUCCNGCUGCUGAUGCCAAUAAUAAUGAUGAUGAUACUACUAUUGAUGCCAAUAAUAAUGGUGAUGAUACUACUACUGAUGCCAAUAAUAAUGGUGAUGAUACUACUACUGAUGCCAAUAAUAAUGGUGAUGAUAAUAACGAUGGUGAUAACGAUAAUAACGUUGAAGAUAAUAAUGGCGAUGAUAAUACUGCUGAUGCCAAUAAUAAUGGUGAUGAUAAUAAUGGUGAUAAUAAUGAAGGUGACAACAAUAAUGGCGAUAAUGGGGGCACCAAUGAAAGGGAUUCAGUUGGUGUUAUUGACAGCAGUACAUUUGCUUGUGUUUUCAACAUGAUCGAUCCUACAGUACGCGCUAAACGAUUUGAUGGACUAAAAGCAACCGGCUGGACGCCGGUGAACAAAGAUGAAGCUGCUGUCUUUCUUGCACAUGCAUUUCAUGAGACAGAUGGACUCCAGACAACGAGAGAAUAUUGCGCUCCAGGUAUGCUUUUCUGA